CACACACUGCACUGUCCAUCCACAGCACUUCAGUCCACUCAGUACUCUGUAGUACUACUUGUAGUAUUUCUUGUAGUAUUUCUUUGUCCCAGGUGCUGCAGGUGUGAUGGAGGCCCCGCCCCUCUCCGUGGUGGCGGUGCUCAGUCUGCUGGCCUGCGGCGCUCAGGCGGCCGCCGCCGUCCUGCUGGCUCGCUGGUUUGGGGGGCGGAGCUCGGCGACGGACAGGUGGACGCUGGCGUGGCUCUUCUAUGACGUCAUCGUGCACGUCACACUGGAGGGUCCGUUUGUCUACCUGUCGCUGGUCGGGACGGUGGCCACAUCAGAGGGAGCGCUGGCAGAGCUUUGGAGGGAGUACGGGCAGGCAGACAGGCGCUGGCUGGUGUCUGACCCGUCUGUUGUGUCUGUUGAGCUCCUGACUGUCGUCCUCGACUCGUCUCUCGCUCUGCUGCUGAUCCACGCCAUCCUGCACCACAAGUACUACAGGCACUUUGUGCAGAUCAGCCUGUGUGUGUGUGAGCUGUACGGCGGCUGGAUGACCUUCUGUCCCGAGUGGCUGACGGGCUGCCCCAACCUGAACACGUCGUCCCGGCUGCACCUGUGGGUCUACCUCGUCUUCUUCAACGGCGUCUGGGUGCUGCUGCCCGCCCUGCUGCUGGGACAGUCCUGGGCCGCCCUGCGACGCCUGCACCAGCUGCAGGACGUCCCAGGCCGGAAACACAGAUAAACACACGCCAGCGGGACGUCCCGUGCAGGAAACACAGCUCAACACACGCCAGCGGG